CGUCCGGGCACUGUUUGUGGCUUAGUGCUUCUUUCGCGGUCAGCCUUGUCAGAGCAGCACAUGACUCAGGCUGAUAGGCAACAAAGAGCGGCGCAUUAUUCAGGCUCACUCUCAUACAACAAUCAUUUAAACACUGCUUCCUCCUGUAUUGUCACUUCCCUUCGUCGUCACUUGCUCUUCACUCAUAUCACGCACCAUGAGUCUCGGCGCACUCCCCAAUGAAAUCCUCUGUCUUCUCCCUCUCUACAUCGAUAACAUUGAGACCUUCACCAACGCCGCAGCAUCAUGUCACAGACUCCGUGAUUGCCUAUACACAGCACACCCCAACACGAUACUCCGGCUGGCUGCCGCCUCGGCCCCCACAUUCUUCUCUCCCCACCCUCAUUUCCUCGUCGCUGCCACAGCCCGCCAAGUCAGUGACUGGGCAUUAGAGAAUGAGGCACGUACAUCUGACCUCCGCAGAGCCUUCCAAGGUGGAAUCGACAGCCUCUAUGAAUUCUGCCUCCAACAUGCGGGCCUAACGCUAGAAGACAUCCGAAGAACACAUCUAGCCCGGUUCUCCACCAUCAACCCUCUCUCGGACAAGAUCGACAAGAUGGCCGGCAGGCAGUGGUACGCUACGCCAGGUUUCUGGAAUGGCGGGGUGAGCGAACCCUACACCGUCGCCACGGAGCCAGAUCGAGCGACCUUCCAAAUUAUCACAUAUGGGGAGUUGUUCGGGCGAAGCAUGGACGCCUUUCUGCAGCCGGAAAAGAAUCUCCCCUAUUUUGAUAUACGAACCCGAAUCGACUACUUCACCUACUGUCUCCCCGAUUGGGUUUGUUCCAGUUACCCCGGGUUUAUUAGAUUAGCGACCGGUCCGUAUGCGACGCACCUUGAAAGACCGGGGGAAGGAGACCAGACAGCCAUGCAUCAUAUCCUACAUUGUGGUCGAUGGAGGCGCAUGUGGGCUGCUGCCAUUCGGUCGGUUCUGGGAGAUGACGAUGCGUUUACUGAUGAGGACGAGGAGGAGGAGCACUGGCGGAAGAGGAUGUUGCGUAAUGCGUUGCAGAGUCAGGGACUUGAGGGGAUGCAGUUAGUCACGUUGCCCGUGGAGAAGAUGGAUAAAGAAUAUGUGCAAAAGGUGAGGAGGAUGAAGCAACAGAUUGAUCAGUUGAAUCAACCUCCACCAGUCGAAAUGCUGGGGAAGGGGACGCUCACCCCGGUGUCAUUUGCUCCGGACCCUCCCAAUGAUGUUGAGAUUCCAUGUAGGAAUAUGUGGGGACCGUGGACGGCAUUCAACCCAGAUGCAGCGUCGGAUGAGGACUCAGAAGAAGAAUCAGAUUCGGAAUGGGAAUUAAAUUUUGAAGAGAUUGAACAUUAAUACACCUCCUACUCACGAUUCUCAAGUUCAAACAUUUCCAACAAAUAUAUAUUUGCAAAGCUUGUCAUGCUAUGGAACAUUGGCUACUAGUAUUUGAGCGACCGAAUGGUUUAGAGAGUCUUUUGUGCCGGCCCUCUGAAAUUCUGCUGUUUAUAUAGGUAAUGAAGUCGAAGACUGAUACUGAUCCCAGUCAGCGCUACAUUGACUAGUAGCUAGUUAAGGAUGACUUGCAUAAGUGAAGCUCUUUGAUGCUAUUUCAGCACACCAGGGUCUGACGCUAAGCCAGACUAGGUAGAGAUCGACUUAGACCCGUUUAUCAGUCUGUCCGUUUCCUCGACGAAUGCCUGUGGGUUCGAAUCCCACUGGGAUGGAAAGUCUCCUUUUUUCCAACAGAUAUUUUUUGUA